ACAUGGAGCACUGGAAUCGGAAUCCAAUUCCAAAACCGAGAGGUAGGUAUCCUUGGAGGAGGGGGAGGGGGAUCCUCCUCGCCGCUCCGGUUUCCAUGGCGGCCGCCCCCGCCCCCGCCCGUUCGCCGCCGGAAGCGUCCCCGCCGCCCCUCGACGCCUCCGCCUCCGCCUCCGACGACGAGUGGGAUGCGGAUGGAUUUGUUAUUCCUGAUGUGACUAUUCAAGAUGAUGAUGAUGAUGAUGUUAUUACACACAGUGUCCCCAAAGCAAGGGAUCCUGAACCUCAACAGGCAAAAGAGGAGAAGAUAUACUUGGGACCUCAUGGGGCGCCACCAUCAGGAGCAAAGCAGCAGCAACUUAACACAGUUGGCCGCAAGCAGAGUUUCAGAAACAAGCUGAAGGAGGCAGAUAGGAAAUCCAGUGGCAAUGCUCAGGAGAACAAGGUGGAAAGCCUAAGAGAGCUCAUGGGGGCUGUAACAACAGAUAAUAGGGGCAUGGCGAAGAGUUCUCGUCGCGACUGGCUUGACCCACACUGUCGUGAGUCUGAGUUUGAUAGGAAACCACGCUAGCUAGGUGGCUGCCAUAUGAUGUGUCCGUUUGCGCAAAAGUUUUAACUGUAUACUGCUGUGGGCUACUGGCUAGGCCCGAAAAACAUGUCUUUGUUAUCUGCAAGUUUAUGAGGAGAAAUAGCCAAUGGUAUUCUAUGGUA